GAAAACGGAAGUGCUCAAGGGACAGAACUGACUUUGUUAUUCUUGCGAUAGGCAUGUGUCAUUAUGGCAUUGACCAGACUUUUAUAUGUGAAUCAUCUUCACAGUGGUUCAAACGAAUUAGCAUGCAUCUUUAAGAGGUCUUCUUCAAGCUGUAUUCUUCAAAACAACCAAAAACUCCUAAGAUGUGAGAAAAUAACAUGGUCAAAACUCCUUUACAAAGGUCAUCUUACCCAGGCUAGGAAAGAUUUACCAAAAUGGAAUCUCUUAUCAAGACUGUCAAACAGGUUAAAUAAAAGUUUAUGUAGAGAUAAAAGACAAUUUAACACAACAUCGAGACUGUCAAAUGUGAUUAAGGAUAGUGGCAGUAAAGACAAUUCAAGAUGGAGAAGGACAAAGACUCUCUUAGGAGCAAAAAAUGUGCGGAUGUUGAAGAAAAUGAUGCGUUAUGUCUGGCCGAAAAAUAAUGUGAAAAUUAAAGUUAGAGUGGUAAUUGCAUUAAGUCUAUUGAUUGGAUCAAAGAUUGUCAGUGUUAUGGUACCAUUUAUAUUUAAAUGGGCAGUUGAUUAUUUGAAUGAGGCAUCGGGGGAUACUCUGAAUUUAAAAGACACACCAACUGCUAUACUAAGUUUGUCAACAGCUCUGUUAAUAGGCUAUGGCCUUGUGAGACUGACAGCAUCAUUUAUGAAGGAAAUGCAGGACUUUGCAUUUGCUGAAGUAGCAGAGAACACUAUAAGACGAAUAGCACAAAAUAUUUUUGUUCAUCUUCACUCUUUAGACCUGUCUUACCAUCUUUCAAAAAAGAAAGGAGAAUUAACUAAAGCUAUUGAUCGUGGUUCAAGGGCCAUAGAACCUGUACUCAAAGGAGUUGUAUUUAGAAUUUUCCCAACGUUCUUGGAGGUUGGCUUAGUGACAGGUAUCCUGGGUUACAAGUUUGGAAGUGGAUUUGUUGCAGUAACACUUGGUUGUGUGGGUUGUUAUAUAGUAUUUACCUUCAGAAUGACAGAAUAUAGAACAAAAAUUCGAAAACAGAAAAACAAAGCUGACCAAGAUGCUGGUAAUAUAGCUAAUGAUUCCUUGGUAAAUUAUACCACAGUUAAGUAUUUUACCAAUGAAAAAUUUGAAGCUAAGAAGCAUGAAGAGACUCUUGAACGAUUUGAAAAAGCAUCACUGCAGAUAACUAAAACAUUAUCCUUGUUAAAUUUUGGACAGAAUGCAAUUUUCAGCGUGGGAUCAUCAAUCGUUAUGGUUAUGGCAGCUCAACAAAUUCUUGAAGGUACUAUGACCAUAGGAGAUUUAGUGAUGGUUAAUGGACUACUUAUUCAGUUAACUGUACCACUGAACUUUCUAGGGUCAACGUAUAGAGAUCUUAAUCAAGGAUUUGUAGAUAUGGAAAAUAUGUUUGCAUUGAUGGAUAUACAACCAAAAAUUAAAAAUAAAUUAAAUGCUCCUGUCUUAAUAGCAACACCAUCAGAAUCAGCGAUUAGUUUUAAGGAUGUACAUUUUGAGUAUCUGCCAGGACAAAACAUUCUGAAUGGUUUAUCAUUUGAUGUACCCUCAGGGAAGAAAGUUGCCAUAGUUGGAGGUAGUGGAUCUGGAAAAUCCACCAUCGUCCGUUUGUUGUUUCGUUUCUUUGAUCCACAGCAAGGAACUAUACAUAUCAACAACCAAUCCAUUGACGAUGUGGAUUUACAUAGUCUACGUAAAGCUAUUGGUGUGGUACCACAGGACUGCAUUUUAUUCCAUGAUACUGUGUUCAGUAAUAUUCAGUAUGGUGAUCUAGAAAAAACUGCUGAAGAAGUGUAUGAAGCUGCUAGAGUUGCCAAACUUCAUGAUUCAGUCAUAAACCGAUUUCCAAAUCAAUAUGAUACCUUAGUAGGAGAAAGGGGAUUGAUUUUAUCUGGUGGUGAGAAGCAGAGAGUAGCAAUAGCAAGAGCUAUACUAAAGAAUCCCCCUAUCAUUGUAUAUGAUGAGGCAACGUCGUCCUUGGACACCAUUACAGAGCAGGAUAUUCUGAUGGCAUUGAGGAGGAUUACCAAAAAACAUACCACAAUUGUAAUUGCUCAUAGACUCUCAACAGUAGUCGAUGCUGAUCAGAUCUUAGUGUUAGAAAAUGGAAGUGUAGCUGAGAAAGGGACACACUAUGAACUUUUAUCUAACCCAAAUAGUCUGUAUUGUGAUCUUUGGGCAAAACAAAAUCAAUUAUUGACAGAAAAAGAUACAGAUAAAACUGAGAAAAUUCUUCUUGAAAAUAGUGCUUUAGAUAAAAAAAAUAAGGGCAUUCAUGAAGUAUGAUACACGUGUAAAUUAGGGUGCUAUUUAUAAUUGUUAGAAUUUUUUACAGUUUUUUUGUAUUUAAAAGAUUAUCACUAUUGAUCAGUUUAUAUUUGAAGUUUUUAGUUUAUCUGUAGAUUUCAGGUAAACAUAGAUAAUUUAUGGACAAAAAGGAAGGCAGCAACCCGAACUUUUAAAAAAGAGGAAAUUUGUCAGUUGUAUUUAAUUAUUUACGAAAUAAAUAUUAUUUAUUCAGUUUCCCUUUUUUUUUUUUGGUUUUUCAUGCUUCCAAACAAUGAAGUUGAAGUACCCAUUAAAUGUUAUAAAAAUAGUUUAAUUUGUCUACAUUUUAUAAAUAAAGAUCUCAAUAUAAUUGUGAAUUUUAAUGUUUCAGUAUGUACAACUAUUUUUUGCAAAGUUAGAAAUAUUUUUAACGGAAAAGCAAAUUGAAAGUACCCAUUAAAUAGUAAGUUCUAAAAUCAUUAUAAUAAUUGUGAAUUUAAAUAUUUCAGUAUGUUCAAUUCAUUUUUGCAAAGUUGGAUAUAUUUUGUCUGAAUUUUGCUUAAAUUGUAUGUACUUACCAGUCAAAAGUGGCCUUAAUAGUAAAUAUGAAUAUUUCUAAAUUGUAAAAUUAUUUAUUAGAGAAAAACUUGUUAUUGGUUUACAGAUAUUCACUAUUGUUGUGCUAUAUUAUGCAUUAACUAUAAAUGUGUCAUACCAAACUGCUGAAUUAUAAGGUAAAUAUAGAUGGGAUAUUUUUGGGAUCAAUUAGUAAUUUUACAUGAAACUUUAAACUAACACCUGAAGAUUAAAAAAUGGCAUUUGUACUUUCAGUGAUGCUUUUCAAUUAUGAAUUCAGGAAGAUAGAAAUAAAAGUUAUAGUAUGCAUAAAAAAUCACUAAAAAGAUCAAUAUUUUCAUAAAUUAAAAAGCAGAAAUUUUGGCUUCAAGACAUAUAGUUUUUUAAGAAAAUUCAUAGAACAUAUUAUCAGGAAAUCAUAAUUUAACUUCAUAUGAUUUUAAUGCUAUUCUUUUGUUCAUACUACCAUGCAUAUUUUAACCCCUAUAUACUGUUUUUCAAACCAACUUUGCCACAUAUCUUAAAAAAAACAAAAACAGUUGUAUUUGUAGUUGUUAUUGAAUGCUUCUUUUUGUAAUUUCAUUGGAGUGUAAAAGUGUUAAUUGAAGCACAUUUGAAUUACCACGCUUCAUUUUAGAAAUAUGCACAACCCCAUGAAAUUACAAAAAAGUAUGGAUUCUUAUGAAACAAAUAAAUAAGAAGAUGUAUUGUAAUUAUUAGUUAUUGAUACUCAGAUGUUUUCGAUAAAAUCUUGAAGGUCACCAACCCCUUUGCAUAUACAUGUAUGUUACAGUAAGGAAACAUUUUAUUUUAUAGAAAUUUAAGGUGGUACCAAGCACCUUGACUAAAAUUAAUUUGGCUCGUUUAAUAUCAUAAAAUUUUGACAAAAUAUUUACUUUGACUCUGAGACAAAAAUAUAAAAAUUUCGAAAAACUUGAACCAAACACUUUCUCGGAAAAUUUUCAUUGGAUAUAUAGCAGUUUGACAAACACUAAUUUUGAUCAUUGAGAAGCUUAAUAUUUCCUUAACAAUACAAUGUGAUUAAAACUUUUAGCUGAUUUUAUAGAGUUAUCUCCCUGUAGUGUUAGGUACCACCUCAAGUGUGCAUAAUUAAGUAUUUAUUGUUAUCUGUAAAACCAAGUUAGUUUUAAAUGCUGUGUCAAACCAAAUUGAUAUGCAAGUGUGAAUUUGAAGAUCAUAUAUGAUUAUAAAAAUAUUUUUACGAAGUAAUUGUUAUACCAUACAGUAUAAAUAAUAAGGGUUGUUUGAAAAUUGAUGGGGAUGGGAAACACUCAAAUUAAUUAAAUGUAGGUGGUUGCACUUGAAUUUUGUAAGAAUUGUAUGUAAAAUUGGUUGGGGUCUAAAAAAAAGUGCCUACCUUCCCCAGGUAAAAUAAAGGGACAACAUGCUUACAUGAUAUAUACAUCAUACACAGAUUUUAUUAUUCAUUUUGCCAAUUUUAUGAUUUUUACAGAGCCCCCCCCCCCCCCCUCUUAUGGAGUUUCAUAUAUGAUAAAUGCAUAGAUAGUAUCACUCCAAGUGUUGGCUUGCUAGGGAUCUCUUUAUACUUUCUGAGAUAAAACAAACUGAUAUUAGUAAAUAAAAGUACAAAUUUUAAAAUGCAAGUAAAUAUGGCAAAAAAAUAUUGAAUAAUUGGAUUUUUAAUUGCCUUUCUCAAAAGGAUUUUAAAAGUCAGGUCAACACCUCUCAUUUGUGGAAAGCCUUAAUAAAUCUGGAAAGUUGACAGGUUUUUGAAAAAAAAGGAAUAUGGUUUAUCUUGGCAAGUAUUUAAAAGGGCAUUAGCUGUCAAAUUCAUGUUCAUCGAUUUGACUCAAAUUCUCAUAUUUGAUUUAUAACAUACCAAAACAUCUUUCCAAAUUAUAAAGGUCUAAAAUAAACAAUUUACGAUGCAUGUAUUUGAUAAUAUGUAUCAGCAUUUCAUAUAUAUUUUAUUCUAGACACCAUCUAAAUAACCAUCAAGGGGACCGCAGAAGACUGCAGACGGCCUUAUCACCUGAUAUAAACAUAAUAGAUAUAAAUAGAUAGUGAACAUGUGCAUUUGGAUUUUUCUAGGUCUGUUUGAAUUCAUAUCAAAGGUUAAAAAAUAUGUUAAUCAUCAUUUUUACCUGUAUAAGAAUUAGUUUUUGUGGAUGGAAUCAGUAAACUAUAUAGUUUACCCUUAUUUCGCUUUCAAUGUUGACAUUCUUUUCCUUUUAAAUAGCUGAACACACCUCGUUUAUAUGUAAUACAUCUCUAUCUAAGUGGUUAAAUUAAAGAUCACAUGAAUGCGGAUUCAACAAGGUUGAAUUAUUCACUUGCAAGUGAAUAAUUCAUCAGCGAUGUUUCUUAGCUUAUUUUGACAAAAUUGAACCAAACUGGCUGCUAAAAGCGAAUUGUUAUAUCACUAUUUCACUUUCAUUAAUGAUUGAACAAAAAAAAAACAUCAUAUUUUUUUUUUUUAUAUAUCUUGUAGCUAAUGCCCCUUUAAGUUUAAUAAUAUACAAAUUUAUUAUUUUUACAUUUUCACAGGUAGGACUACUAUCUAUAUCUGUACUUUGUUUGUCAUAUAUUAUGUCUUAUAAAACUACAACAUUUUUAAGAUACAAUGCCUUUAAACCCUAUAUAUUUUUAUGACCCAUCUAGGGGCAGUAUGUUUUUCAGUCUUUGUGUCCGUUCAUUCGUCCAUCUGUUUUUGUUCGUCCAUUAGUUCGUCUGUCUGUACCACUUCAGGUUAAAGUUUUUGGUCAAGGUAGUUUUUGAUGAAGUUGAAGUCCAAUCAACUUGAAACUUAGUACACAUGUUCCCUAUGAUAUGAUCUUUCUAAUUUUAAUGCCAAAUUAGAGUUUUGGCCCCAAUUUCACGGUCCACUGAACAUAGAAAUUGAUACUGUCCUGCUUCAGGUUAAAGUUUUUGGUCAAGGUAGUUUUUGAAGAAGUUGAAGUCCAAUUAACUUGAAACUUAGUUCACAUGUUCCCUAUGAUAUGAUCUUUCUAAUUUUAAUGCCAAAUUAGAGUUUUGAUCCCAAUUUCAUGGUCCACUGAACAUAGAAAAUGAUAGUACCAGUGGGGCAUCCGUGUACUAUGGACACAUUCUUGUUUAGAUAAUGAUUAACCAUCCUCAUUAACCUUGUUAUUUCCAUAUGUUUGCCAAAUCUAAGACCCCUCAACAUUGUCAAAGUGACAGAAAUGGCAUUUAUUAUGAUUUUAAUUUGAGUACAAUGCUAUUUCGAUUGUUCAUGAUUGUACCUAACAUAAUUCUUGUUGUGAGAUGAUAUAUUUUGGCUGUGAUAUUAAUAUUAUAUGUUUUUGGUUUGUUUUGUGCAAACAGCAAUUUUAUUUUCAGAGGAUCUGUACGUUACAAGAAACAAUAAAUCUCCAUCAAAUAAAA